CCAUUCUCUGUUGGGUGUUGGUAAGAGUCCAUGUUGAGAACAGAGCAAUUGCAUUGAGUUCUCCGUGCUGCAAGAGCGAGCUAUUCCUGAUGACAAGCAUCUCCUAUGCAAGCCUACCUCAUCUAGAGAGGUCAUCGCCGGCGAGGACAGAGCUCCGCCGGCGGCACGGAGGGCAUGAACUGGCUCCUGUGGGCGGAUCGAGAAAGAUGGAGAAGAUAGAAUUUGGUGGGAGAUUCUCCUCAGAUGGACCUUUUAAGAGAGUUACUGCACCUCAAACCGUGACCUCUGCUGCUCCAACCAUGGUUUCUGAUCUUGAGCCAAGCUAAGGAUGGAUCUGAGGCGCUUCCGCCACACUGAACUCCAUGCAGAGAGCAGACUGUCGCACAGACAAGGAGAAGAUGCUGGCAAACUACGUGCCGGUGUUCGUGAUGCUCCCAUUGGAUGUCAUCUCCGUCAGCAACGUGUUGGAGAAGCAGGAAGAACUGCGGCGGCAGCUGCGACAGUUGCGUGCCGCCGAUGUCGACGGCGUCAUGGUGGACGUUUGGUGGGGAAUCGUCGAAGCCGAGGGCGCGAAAUGCUACGACUGGAGCGCAUACAGGGAGCUGUUCCACAUGGUGGAGGAAGAAGGGCUAAAGUUGCAGGCCAUCGUGUCGUUCCAUCAGUGCGGCGGAAACAUCGGCGACGCCGUCGACAUCCCGUUGCCGCGGUGGGUUCGCGAUGUCGGCGAGUCGGACCCAGAUAUCUACUACACCAACAGAAGUGGCACGAGGAAUCGAGAGUACCUCACCGUUGGGGUAGACGACCAGCCCAUAUUUGAUGGCCGCACUGCUGUUGAGCUUUACAGUGACUUCAUGAAGAGCUUCAGAGCAAACAUGGCAGAUUUCUUGGAUGCUGGUAUUAUCACAGACAUAGAGGUGGGUCUUGGCCCUGCCGGAGAAUUGAGGUACCCCUCCUACCCUGAAGCACAGGGAUGGGUUUUUCCAGGCAUUGGAGAGUUUCAGUGUUAUGACAAGUACAUGAAGGGAGAGUUCAAAGAGGACGCAACAAUGGCAGGACACCCUGAAUGGGAUUUGCCAGAUGAUGCAGGAGAAUACAACGACAAGCCGACGAAGACGAAGUUCUUCGCGGCGAAGAAUGGGACAUAUCUCACGGAAAGAGGAAGCUUCUUCCUGACUUGGUACUCGAACAAGCUACUAAUGCAUGGAGACCAGAUUCUUGAUGCAGCUAAUGAGGCCUUCCUAGGAUGCAAACUCAAGCUUGCAGCCAAAGUCUCCGGCAUCCACUGGUGGUACAAAGACGACAACCAUGCAACAGAGCUAACUGCAAGCUACUACAACCUGAACGAUCGCGACGGCUACAGAACCAUCGCAAGAAUGAUGGCAAGACAUGAUGCUAUCCUCAACUUCACCUGUGUGGAGAUGAGAAACUGGGAACAAAUCAGAAGAGCCAAGAGUGGGCCUGAAGAACUCGUUCGACAGGUGUUCAGUGCAGCAUGGAGAGAGGGGAUCGAAGUGGCAUGCGAAAAUGCUCUUAGCAGAUAUGACAGAAGGGGGUAUAACCAGAUCUUGAAGAAUGCUAGGCCAAAUGGAGUCAGCAGAAAUGGCAGGCCAAAGCUGAGAGUUCUAGCAAUGACAUAUCUCAGACUAUCAGAUGAGUUACUGAAGAGAAUUAACUUCAACGUAUUUAGAUUGUUUGUGAGAAAGAUGCAUGCAGACCAGGAGUACUGUGCAGAUCCAUGGAAGUAUUUCAAACCCAUUAAACCUGUAGAGAGAUCGAAGCCAGAGAUACCGAUGGAUGAAAUCUUGGAAGCUACCGAGACUAUGAAGCCAUACCCAUUUGAUCCAGAAACUGAUAUGAGUGUUGGUGGUGCCUUUGCCGAUGUUGUGGAUGCAGCACUGCGCAUCCUGACUUCAUCCUUCAAUUGAGAUCCUGCAGAUGGUGAGGACGGAGGACCAGUGUUUGAUGAGAACAGUCCAAUGAAGAAGCUAUAGAUCGACCAAUGUUUAUGUGAACACUGAAGCAUAGACAUCAGUUCAUAUCAGUGCAAUUAAUCUAAUUUAUUCUCGACAA